UGUCCUUCUCCUUUUGAAUUACAGCCAUUUGGAAACAUGAGAAGGCCUCCCAUAUUCCCAUCGCUUCUCUUCUUCCUCUCCACUCUCUUCUCCUACUCCAUUGGAGGUGACAUCCUAACUCCAACCCAGCCCCUCACCGACGGCCAGACCCUGAUCUCAGCCGGCAGGAUCUUUGAAUUAGGCUUCUUCAGCCCUGCCAACUCCAACAACCGGUAUGUCGGCAUAUGGUACCAUAAGGUGUCGGUGCAAACCGUCGUGUGGGUCGCCAACCGCCAGCACCCAAUCUCCGAGCGCAAGGGAAACCUAUCCAUCACCGCCAACGGAACACUCAUCAUCACCGACCAGAAUUCCACCACCAUCUGGUCCUCGGGCUCGUCGGGCCUCGCCAACCCGGUCGCACAGCUCUUGGAUACUGGUAAUUUGAUAAUUAGACAGACCAGCGAUGACACCCAUGAUCCGAAUAGCUUUGCAUGGCAGAGCUUCGAUCACCCGACCGACACGCUACUUCCGAGCAUGAAGCUCGGGUGGAACCUAACGAGCCAUCUCAACCGCAACCUGACGGCGUGGACCAGUUCCAGCGACCCGGCGCCGGGCUACUAUUCUAUGGCUAUGGAUAUCCAGGGCGACCCGGAGAUCUUCCUAUGGAACGGAGCGCACCGGGUGUGGCGCGCCGGGCCAUGGGUCGGCCAAAGGUUCAGCGGCGUCCCGGAGAUGAAGACCUACAGCAUGUUCAAAUUCGACUUCGUCAAUGACCAGGACGAGAUCUACUACUCGUUUAACAUCUUUAACGAAUCGAUCAUCUCGAGGCUCAUCGUGAACCAGUCCGGCGUGACACAGCGGAUGGUCUGGCUCGAGCAGAGCCAGAUGUGGAGCAUCUUCUGGUUUGCACCCAAAGACCAGUGCGACAACGUGUCGCCGUGCGGUCCGUUCGGGGUCUGCGACCCUAACAACUCGCCGAUAUGCGACUGUUUGCAGGGUUUUGAGCCCAAGUCGCCGACGAAUUGGGCUCUGAGGGAUGGGUCGGAGGGGUGCAAGAGGAAGACGGCGCGGGAUUGCCGGAACGGGACUGAUGGGUUCGUGACGGUGAGCGAUGCCAAGCUGCCGGACACGUCGGGCUCAACGGUCGACAUGAGCCUGAAUUUGGAUCAGUGCAGGGCUAAGUGUUUGACGAAUUGUUCGUGCACGGCCUUUGCGAGUGCGAAGACCAGCGGGGAUGGGUGCAUAAUUUGGACUACGGAGCUCACUGAUCUUAGGGUGUUCGGGUUCGGUGGACAGGAUCUCUACGUCCGGGUAGCAGCGGCUGAUCUAGGCUCAGCGUCAGACCAUUCACACCGGAACGACAUAAUCGCGGUCGUGGUGGGCUCAGUGCUGGGGAUUCUACUGCUUGGCUUCAUUUGUUGCUGCUUCUGGAAAAAGAAAAAGAGGACAAGAAGACAAGCUCAGUCCACGUUAGGUAGCGUUUCCUUUGCCAGCAACUACAUUGAUGAGAGCACUGAAGGAAGGGAAUUGGAGCUGCCUUUAUUUGAUUUGGGAACAAUUGCAGCAGCAACCAACAACUUCUCUAUCCAAAACAAGCUUGGAGAAGGUGGCUUUGGCCCCGUAUACAAGGGCAAGCUGGGAGAUGAACAAGAGAUAGCUGUGAAGAGGCUUGCAAAGACUUCGGUGCAAGGCCUUGAUGAGUUCAAGAAUGAGGUAAUGCUCAUUGCCAAGCUUCAGCAUCGGAACCUUGUACGACUUCUUGGCUGCUGCGUUCAAGGAGAGGAAAGGAUGCUGAUCUAUGAGUACAUGCCUAACAGAAGCCUGGAUGCCUUUCUAUUUGACAAAGCUAAAGCUGCACUGCUGGAUUGGCGGACCCGCUAUCACAUUAUAGUAGGGAUUGCUCGUGGAAUUCUCUACCUUCACCAAGAUUCUAGAUUUAGAAUUAUUCAUAGAGACCUCAAAGCUAGCAACAUUCUUCUCGACAAAGAAAUGAACCCCAAAAUAUCAGACUUUGGCAUGGCAAGAAUAUUUGGAGGGGAUGAGACAGAAGCAAACACACGAAGAGUGGUUGGUACCUAUGGAUACAUGUCUCCUGAGUAUGCCAUGGAUGGUAUCUUCUCAGUGAAAUCAGACGUAUUUAGCUUUGGUGUUCUAGUACUUGAAAUCAUAAGUGGCAAGAAGAACAGAGGGAUUUACCUCUCUCAUCACCACGUAAAUCUUCCAGGACAUGCAUGGAGUUCAUGGAAAGAAGGUAAUGGCUUGGACUUGGUGGACGACUCAAUAGUUCACUCAUUUCCCGUGUCUGAAGCGUUGAGGUGUAUAAAGGUGGGUCUCUUGUGCGUUCAAGAACACCCGGAGGACAGGCCAACAAUGUCCUCCGUAGUGUUAAUGUUGGGCAGUGAGAACACCCCUCUCCCAGACCCUAAGCAGCCUGGUUUUGUUUCAACGAAAGGUCCCUUGGAAAUUGAUUCAUCAUCAAGCAAGCAAGACUCACUAACUGUAAAUGGCUUAUCAGUUACAAUAUUUGAAGGCCGAUAGUAAAUGUAUGCAACCAUAAGAAAUAGGAAAUUUUCUAAUGUGGAUUGGGAGAGAGGAUGCCAUCCUACUUGUUCUUUUAAACUUUUGCUUUGCUUUGUUGGACCAACUUCACUGUUCUAGGUCUA